GACACGGCUGAAAAUGCGGAAGGAAGAGCCGUCCUCCUCAAACAUGCACACAAACUACCUGGAGCUUUAAGGACAAGCAAGAGACAUCAGGUUGGCAUUAAUGUCGACAUCGGCCGGACUUUACAACAUAAACGCGAUGAUUACAGAGCUGUAGAGUGUCCAAAUGAAGGCCUUGCUCAUCAGCACUGAGAGCGCCGAGGUCCUCUUCCACUGGACCGACCCAGAGUUCCAGCAAAACAUCCAGGAGCAGUAUGGCGCCUCUCAGGAAGAAGGCCAGGGGCUGCCAGCCUUUGAAGACAGCAUCAGCACCUUGUUUGCCCCCAUCAUCAUCUCCUGCAGCUCCAUGGUGGACAGGCUUGGGGACAGCUACACCUGCUUCACCACAGAGAACAACCACAUCUAUGUGCUCCACCAGUUUGACGAGUGUCUCUACAUCGCCGUGAACGGCGACGGGCAGGAGGAAGAGGAUGAUCUGAGGAGGAAGAUCUACGUGACCAAGAAGAUGAUCGAGGUGCUCUUCGGCAUGGUCACCCUCAGCGGCGGCCUGCUCAGGAGGGAGCUGCGUCCACAAGACACGGAGCAAAGAGGCCGUCUGUGGAAACACCUGCAGGGCCUGCUGGACUCUUAUAGCAACCUCCGAGAGAACGACCAGAGCUUCUUAGUGGAGGCGGUGGAGAGGCUGAUCCACCCCACGCUGUGUGAGCAGUGCAUCGAGUUCCUGGAGCGGCGUUUAGUCCAACAGCUUAACAGCAGCGUUGAGAGAGCAGGAGAGGAAGUGCAGCAUGCCUUCAUCUUGGUGCACACCAAACUGUUGGCCUUCUAUUCCAGUCGCAAUGCCAGCACACUUGCCACUUCAGACCUCUUGGCCCUCAUCAUCAUGGCACAGAAUAUGUAUCCUAGCAACAUGGACCUUGAUGACCGUGGAUCUGAGGAUGUUGAAAGUACGAGCGGCUCCGGUCCAGAGAGCUUCUACACGCCCCAGCCUUCGCCUACAAACUCCAGUAGUUCAGAAAAACAAGUGAGACAAGAAACUUCUGUGUUUGAGUUUUUGGAUCCAGACAUUCAGAUGGCAGAAGACAGCCUCCACGCUUUGGACGUUCCUCCCCCUGACCCCUCCACACCCCGAAGGGUGUUUUUAGAAGUGGCCCACAAGGAAGGGCUGUAUCCCAUGAUGCCUCACUCCAUGUACUGUCUUCCACUGUGGCCUGGCAUCACACUGGUGUUGCUCGCUAAGGUGCGGGGAUGCGCUCUCGUUGCGUUCUCCCCCUCGCUCAGUCUGACGCCUUGUUUUUGCGAUAACCCUCACCAGGUUCCCACCAGUGCCGUGGCCGUGUCUGUUUAUAUGUUCCUGGAGGCCUUUGCCAAGCUGGAGAAGCGUUUAAGUGAAGGCCUGGAAGGAUCCUCUGCUACCAGGAGCCAACCAACAAUACAUGACAUUAGAAGCAAACUGGACAAGUUCAUCAAGGCUCUAGGCCCCAGUGAGAUUAAGUCUUCACAGUUACAAAAUGUCUGGAGCGAGUUUAAAACCCGAGCUUUUGCCCGAGGUGGACCUGGGUUCAACAAAGAUCUCCUCCCGUGGUGUAAGAACAUGAAGACCCAACUGUGCGGCGUUUACCGCCAGUGCUUCCUUAGCAACUCCGGACCCGCCGAGGCAGCUCGGAAACUCUCGCCUGGUCUGCUGGAGCGAGCUCAGACUAUGUUGCAGGAGAAGCUGAUGGACUGGAAGGACUUUCUGCUGGUGAAAAGCAGGAGAAAUAUCACCAUGGUGUCAUACCUGGAGGACUUCCCAGGCCUCAUCCACUUCAUCUGCGUGGACAGAUCCACUGGCCAGAUGAUCGCGCCGUCACUCAACGUCACAGAGCGUACAACAUCAGAGCUGGGAAAAGGAGCCGUGGCUCAGUUCAUCAAAAGCAAGGUGUGGAGGCUCGUGAGCACAUCGCGACGCUAUCUCCAAAAAGGUUAUUCCACUGUCACGUUGCGAGACGGAGACUUCUAUUUUUGCUACUUCCUGUGGUUUGAAAAUGAAACUGGCUACAAAUUGGAGGCGAUGGAAAUUCCUGUCCUACCUGAUGACUCAGCCCCCAUUGGGAUGAUCGCCUGGGACUACUACAGGAAACUGCUGCGCUACUACAGUAAGAGCCACCAGGGCGAGGUGGUGAAGUGUUACGAACUGCUGACGGUCCACCUGGGCGUCAUCCCCACCGAGAUCAUCCUGCAGCACUGCAGACAGCUGGCCAGCAAGCUGUGGGAACCCUCUCGUAAUCCCCUCCUGUAGCCACGCCCACCAAAAUACUUUAUUAAUCCAGCCAUCCAUCCAUUUUCUACCGUUUGUUCCGUUCGGGGUCACGGGGGUCGCUGGAGCCUAUCUCAGCUGCAUUCGGGCGAAAGGCAGGUACACCCUGGACAAGUCGCCACCUCAUUACACGGCCAACACAGAUAGACAGACAACAUUCAUACUCCCAUUCACACUCUACGGCCAAUUUCUAUCCAUCCAUUUUCUACCACUUAUUCCCUUCGGGGUCGCGGGGGGCGCUGGUGACUAUCUCAGCUACAAUCGGGCGGAAGGCGGGGUACACUCUGGACAAGUCGCCACCUCAUCGCAUGGCCCACACAGAUAGACAGACAACAUUCACACUCACAUUCACACACUAGGGCCCAUUUAGUGUUGCCAAUCAACCUAUUUUCCAGAGUCGUUUUAGGGAUUUUUGCGUCAAUUGACAAAAAUGCGUCCAAAACAUUGAUUUUGUCAUGGUGAGAAUAAUUUUACGUGUUUGAUAAUUAUAAAUAAUUUCCAGAGCUGCGUUGCUACCAAAAUGCAUUUGUCUUACCACAGUCUCUCUCUCUCUCUCUCUCUCUCUCUCUCUCUCAGAAAUACUUUAUCAAUCCAUCCAUCCAUUUACUACCACUUAUUCCCUUCGGGGUUGCGGGGGGCGCUGGUGCCUAUCUCAGCUACAAUCGGGCGGAAGGCGGGGUACACUAUGCACAAGUCGCCACCUCAUCACAGGGCCAACACAGAUAGACAGACAACAUUCACACUCACAUUCACACACUAGGGACCAUUUAGUGUUGCCAAUCAACCUAUUUUCCAGAGUCGUUUUAGGGAUUUUUGCGUCAAUUGACAAAAAUGCGUCUAAAAUAUUGAUUUUGUCAUGGUCGGAAUAAUUUUACGUGUUUGAUAAUUAUGAAUAAUUUCCAGAGCUGCGUUGCUACCAACAUGUGUUUGUCUUACCAGAGUCUCUCUCUCUCUCUCUCUCUCUCUCUCUCUCUCUCAGAAAUACUUUAUUAAUCCAUCCAUUCAUCCAUUUUCUACCGCUUGUUCCGUUACGGGUCACGGGGGUCACUGGAGCCUAUCUCAGCUGCAUUCGGGCGGAAGGCGGGAUACACCCUGGACAAGUCGCCACCUCAUUGCACGGCCAACACAGAUAGACAGACAACAUUCAUACUCCCAUUCACACUCUACGGCCAAUUUCUAUCCAUCCAUUUUCUACCACUUAUUCCCUUUGGGGUCGCGUAGAAAUAUUUAUUUAUAAUUCAAUCACUUGUUUAUUUUUCAACAAGGUUUGAGUUAUUUUUAUAUCUUUUUUUCCAAAUAGUUCAAGAAAGACCACUACAAAUUAGCAAUAUUUUGCUCUGUUAUACAAUUUAAUAAAUCAGAAACUGAUGACAUAGUGCUGUAUUUUACUUCUUUAUCUGUUUUUUUUUUGACCAAAAAUGCUUUGUUCUGAUCAGGGAGUACUUAAAAUAAUUUAAAAAAUGUUGACUGGGUGUACAUCUCUGAAAAAAGGUUGAGAACGGCGUGGCGCAGUGGGAGAGUGGCCGUGCGCAACCCGAGGGUCCCUGGUUCAAUCCUCACCUAGUACCAACCUCGUCACGUCCGUUGUGUCCUUGAGCAAGACACUUCACCCUUGCUCCUGAUGGGUGCUGGUUAGCGCCUUGCAUGGCAGCUCCCUCCAUCUGUGUGUGAAUAUGUGUGUGAAUGGGUAAAUGUGGAAGUAGUGUCAAAGCGCCUUGAAGGUAGAAAAGCGCUAUACAAGUACAACCCAUUUAUCAUUUAUUUAUUUAACCACUGCUCUAAAAGCUAUAGAUUUUUUUGUCACAUAUGCAUGCACAGUAGAUGGCAGUAUUGUCCUGUUUAAAAGUGUCACAACAUUGCUGUUUACGGCAGACGAAAACGUGACUGCUGUUGUUGUGUGUUGUUGCCGCGCUGGGAGGACGUUAAUGAGACUGCCUAAAAAAAAAAACACAUAAAUAAAUAAAUGGGUUGUACUUGUAUAGCGCUUUUCUACCUUCAAGGUACUCAAAGCGCUUUGACACUACUUCCACAUUUACCCAUUCACACACACAUUCACACGCUGAUGGAGGGAGCUGCCAUGCAAGGCGCCAACCAGCACCCAUCAGGAGCAAGGGUGAAGUGUCUUGCUCAGGACACAACGGACGUGACGAGGUUGGUUCUAGGUGGGAUUUGAACCAGUGACCCUCGGGUUGCGCACGGCCACUCUCCCACUGCGCCACGCCGUCCCGAAGAAACCAAAAACUCGCCCUCGAUCAUUCAACAGUUAUAACGUCAUUGGGCAGGCACUCUCUUUAUAUCGUGGGAAAGCGGACGUGAAAAAAGGCUGUCGACACGUUACUCGGGUCCGCAUUGAGCUGGAGGGGGCGUGGCCUCCAGCUCCGCCUGAAUUUCGGGAGAUUUCCGGGAGAAAAUUUGUCCCAGGAGGUUUUCGGGACAGGCGCUGAAUUUUGGGAGUCUCCUGGAAAAUCUGGGCAGGGUUGACAAGUAUGCAUGAUGUAAAAAAGGCAGUAAAUUUAACAACUUCAAAGAAAAACUAAAAAAAAGAGAGAGAAAAAGAAAAAAAAGUGCACAAUACUUAUAUGAUGUAAUAAAAAAAUAAGAUAUAACAUCACAACAUAACAUGUAUCUUAGCAUCAAAACAGGCUCAUAUUUUAGUGCUGGCAGCUGCAGGCGUUGAUAAGCUAACAUUUAAAAAAACAUUUGUGACGGCCUUGUAUGUUGUGACUAGUUUAACCUCAUCGAGUACUGAGUUCCACACAUUUGCACUUCUUACUGACCAGGCCGACUUGCUGAAAGUGCUCCUGCGCAGAGGAAUAUAACAGUCACCUCUGACAGAGCCUAGGGUGAAACGCUCACGGCUGUUUCUUUGGCUGAUGAACUCUGCCAGAGGAUGUGGAGCCAAUUCAAGUUUCAAGUUUAUUCACAAUACCAUACAACAAUUACUGUAGUGGUGAAAUGUCAUCAUUUAAAGAUGUUGGUACGUGAAAGGGUCCCCCAAAUAAGCUAAAAGAAUCUUUUGACAGGGGGUCCAAAGGACAGUAUAUAUAUGGAAAGAUGAAAACAUGGUAGCAAGCACAACAACAAAAAACAAAAACAAAACAGCAACAACGCUAUAUAAUAAACACAAGAGAAUGAAUGAAUGAAUGAAAUAAGUUUAUUUCGGUCAUAUAAUCAAUCAAAUCAAAUCAAUCAACCAUUGUGUGUGAUCAGUUUUACAGUACAUGUUAUAUGUAUACAAGAAUGCACAUUUACACAUAAAAGAAAAGAAAAAGAAUGACCAAAAAAGGAAUAGGCUGAAGCCAAAGCUUAUAUUUGCCUAUCCUAUACCUUCACAGAAAAUUAGAUUGCCUGGAACAUCAACAUAAAAAAAUAAAUACAUCAAAAAUCAAUGGGAUGAAAGUAAUUGUGACUAUAUUUUAUCAUUUUCAAUUAUUUCAGCUUUCAAUGUUUUCUUAAACCUUACCAAAGAAUUGCAUGUCUUCAGCUCAUCACUGAGCUUGUUCCACCAUUUGACUCCUAAAACUGUAAUACAUUUGUAUUUUAUAUUUGCUCUCGCUUUACCCAUUUCAAAAAUCGAUAUCCCCCGUAAAUUAUAGUUUUCUCCUCUUAAAUGAAAUAGCCUGCGAAUAAAAGCUGGAAGGCUGUUGUUCUUUACUCGAAACAUAAUUUCCAUUGUUUUUAAAAACACACUGUCGGAAAAUUUUAACACAUUUGAACUCAUAAAUAAGGGAUUGGUAUGUUCAUAGUAGCAGGCUUUGUGUAUUAUUCUAAUGACCCUUUUUUGAAGUUUUAUGAUUGUUUCUAUGUUUGUUUUAUAAACAUUUCCCCAAAUUUCAACACAAUACGUUAAAUAUGGAAAAAUAUUUAUAUAUAUAUAAUAAUACGAAUUUCUUGCAGUCCUGGGUUCAAAUCCAGGCUCGGGAUCUUUCUGUGUGGAGUUUGCAUGUUCUCCCCGUGAAUGCGUGGGUUCCCUCCGGGUACUCCGGCUUCCUCCCACUUCCAAAGACAUGCACCUGGGGAUAGUUUGAUUGGCAACACUAAAAUUGUCCCUAGUGUGUGAAUGUGAGUGUGAAUGUUGUCUGUCUAUCUGUGUUGGCCUUGCGAUGAGGUGGCGACUUGUCCAGGGUGUACCCCGCCUUCCGCCCCAUUGUAGCUGAGAUAGGCGCCAACGCCCCCCGCGACCCCGAAAGGGAAUAAGCGGUAGAAAAUGGAUGGAUGGAUAGUACUAAAGCAAGCAUACACAUACAUACAUACAUACAUUCAUACAACCAUGCAAAACCCAACAGUAGUCUACCCCCCAUGAGGCAUUAAAGAUAAGUGGUUAAUAGGUAAGUUUUCAGUUUAUUUUUGAAGUUGGAGCAUCUUGAGGCUCUCAUUAAGCUGGUUCCAAAUCUUUGGUCCCCUGCAUACGACACUGCGAGCGGUACAAGCCAGUAAACGAUGUUUACCUGUUAUCAGAUCUAAGUUACGAGUGUUGUGGGCAUGCUGGGGAUGGUAGAUAGGAACCAAGCUACAGAGCCUAAGAUUCAGCCUGUAAAUGACUUGAUAGGUUAAACAAGCAUUUUGAUAAAUAUUGAACUCUGUCAGUCUUAAGAGAUGAUAUUUAUGAAAUAGAUGACGAGUGGGGGCAUUAAACAGGGCCCGUAUCAUUUUCUUUUGCAUGGAUCUUAAUUUGUGAAGGUAAGUAGGGAAGGUAUUACACUAGAUGAUAUUACAGUCGUGUAGAUGUGGUUCAAAGAGAGUUUUGUACAAGGUAAGUAGAGUAUAAAGAGGAAGAUAAUGACGAAGGUGAAAGAACAGGCCAACAUAUUUGGAUCAUUUGUUUAACAGAUGGCUAAUGUGACAUUUAAAAUUGAGGUAUUCGUCAAUGAUGAGCCCCAGGAAUUUUGUGGAGUAUACUCUCUGUAUUUCCUACCCAUUGAUGUUGAUAUGGCAGUGCUCAGUAAUUGUCCGUUUUUUAUUAGAACGAAAUACAAAUAAAAUGUGUUUUAUUUACAUUAA